GGUCCAAAGAAUCCUGGAAUCAAAGGUAUAAUGGAAGCACAAGGGAACGAUGGAAUCCCCACGCAGGCAGGAGAGCUCGACAGGGUGAGGGAAUCCGUGGGCCGCUGCUACGACGAGGGAGUAUGCCCAGACGAUGCAUGUCUGGGAGAAGUAGUAGAAGACAGAGAAGGGAAACAUUUCGUAGUUAACAAAAUGGUGGACGAGGUGAAAGAGCAGUGGCUGAGAGAAAGGUCGGUAAUGGUAACUUUCCAAGGGGAAGCUAGAAACUUGCAACGCUCAGUUAAGGAGGACUUAAUUCGGGCAUAUGAAGACGGGUGGAAUGCAAAGAAACUCUUCCACCCCGGGCUUCGCAGGGGCAAAGUCAAAUUUGAAGGUGCGAACGUGGCCUCUUAUGUGGCAAAGGCGAAGGAGAUUGCGGACUGGCUCGUGCAACAGAAGGAACUAAGCAUCAAAUUGGCGGAUAAGGUGUAUGUAGUCUCCUUCAAGCCGAGGUUAUCCAGACAAGAAUUACAAGAGGCUCGAAUUUUGGAGGCAGAGUCGAAGUUCUGGAUACUGGCCCUUAGAGUUCCGCUCGAAAGACAGGACAAAAUUAAUGAAUGUAAAGUCUUUGACGAGGAAGGAGCCAACAGGGGCAAGCGACGUGAGACUUGGCAUGGAGAAAGCGAGGGGGGACAAGACAUGCGCGACGAACAUGAGGAGGGUGAGGAGAGAAGGGAAAGCCCGCUUGAAGGACGAAGCGGCCACGACAGUUGUGAGGGGUAUGGGACGGGGACAGAGAUUUCUUUUACCUACGAUCUGAAGAACCUUGCAGGUGGGUAUAGCCCCAUACAGACAGAAGACGAGGAGGACGAGGAGGAGGAUGUACGAGAAGUCAUAGAAAUCAGCAGCGGGGAUGAGAGGGAUGAGAUAUCGAGGCCUAGGGAAGAAGGGUGGACUCCGAUGCACCAGCCGGGCGACGGGGUUUUCGGAUGGGAGGACGAGUUUGGGCCAACACCCAGUCAUUGGUUUCAGCAAUGGACCAAUGUGAUCGAAUGGAUUAUCAAGACCCGGGAACUUGCAAAGGCGGGGGUGGAAGCUACGUCGUUGGACUUCUUCAGUGAAACUGAAUUACAGGAAAUUGCAAGAAAGAAGAGAGAAAUCGAGACCUACGGCUUGGGGGUUAGGAAGUUUGCCGAGCAACAGGGAGGACAAGGAACUGGGCAAGACGAGGCGCAAGGCAGCAAUAAGAAUUAAAUGUUGAUUUAGCAUUGAAAAGGGUCGUUGUUUUUUCUUUUUUCGUUUGCAGGAGACAUGAGAAUGACGAG